UUAAAAAGAUAAAUAAUUGACUAGAGUGGCAAAUUUGACUUUUUAUGCGUUCAUCAUCUCUUCCGCUUUUCAUCAUCCCCUGCUUCUAACCCUAGCCGCGCGCACAGUCGAGGGAGCUUGUUAGCGUCUCUUUCUCUGACGAGAAGGAACAGAACUCCGUUCUCCAUAUCAAUGGCUCAAAUACGCAGCCUCUACACAAGAGCAAGCCUUGUUAGACGAAGAUACCACCCAUCAUUUAGUUUUAUUCUUCACGAUGAUGAUAAACAACUGAACUGCAUCGAUGAAGGUCCAUCUGAGCAAGGGAUGAGUUAUUUGAUGCAACAGAGGGCAUUUGGAAGUGGCUUUAGUAAUUCAUCUUCAUUUGGUUUAUUUCAAGAUAGGAGAUGCAUGGAUUUUUCUCUUUCACCGAGCAUUGGGGCGUCUUUUUGCCGGUUUAUGUCCACGACAGUUGGUGAAGGUUCAGAGAAGAUUGAGCUGAUGAGCGAUGUUACUAAUGUUCUCACGGAUACUACUGUCCAAGCCGCUGCCAUGCAGUCCCCUGCAGUGAAUGAAGUUGCUGUUGCUGCUGCUGAUUCUUUUCUACCUAUUCAAGUCCUUCAACAUUUUAUUGAUGCAGUGCAUUCUUUUACUGGUUUGAACUGGUGGGCUUGCAUAAUUUUAACUACUCUUUUAAUUAGAGGGGCAACACUUCCACUUGUCAUAAAUCAGCUGAAGGCUACUUCAAAACUCACUCUUAUGAGACCACAUUUGGAGGAGAUUAAGCAACGGGUGCAAGAUAAUGGUGCAGAUCCCACAGCUGUUGCUGAGGGCCAAAAACAAAUGCAGAUGCUUUUCAAGGAAUAUGGUGUGAGUCCUUUUACUCCGCUGAAGGGGCUUUUUAUUCAAGGUCCCAUUUUUGUCUCCUUUUUUCUGGCGAUCUCAAACAUGGCAGAAAAAGUGCCAUCCUUUAAAAGUGGUGGAGCUUAUUGGUUUGUUGACUUAUCAUCUCCAGAUACUCUAUACAUCUUUCCACUUUUGACAGCAUUGACUUUCUUGGCAACAGUGGAGUGCAAUAUGCAAGAGGGGAUGGAAGGAAAUCCUGCUGCUGGUACCAUGAAAAAUGUAUCUAGGGUCCUUGCUUUUGUUUCAGUUCCAUUGACCAUGGGUUUUCCUAAGGCUAUAUUUUGUUAUUGGAUAACAUCUAAUUUGUUCUCGCUUGCUUAUGGCCUAGUGCUUAGAGUUCCUGGAGUAAAGAAGUCCUUGGGUGUUCCUGAAAUACCCGUGACUCCGGCAAGUAAUUCAUCACCAUCUGCCUUCAGUCUACUUAAACAAUUUGUGGCAGCAAGACAGGCAGCUGCCACAUCAUCGCCGGCUGAAUCAUCUUUCAAGAUUUCAGAUCACAAAAUAUCUUCAUCUUCAGUUAUGAGCCAGAGGAUUAGAAGUCUAGAAAAACAAGUAAAGGGAAGAAAGAAAAACAAGAAGAGGUAAGAAAGAGUUUCCAUUUUGGCAGUCAAACUUUUGUGAAACCAGAAAUGAGGUUUAAAUGUUAUCAUAACGAAUUUAGUAUUAAUGAUAUUAUUUAUUCUCCAAUAUAAGAAAGAAAAACAAGAAGAGGUGAGAAGAUGAAUCUCAUAAUGGAUGUAGAAUUAUUCAUUAUUUGUUUUACAAGAAGAGCAAAGGAAUGGUAGUUCAUAGUUGACUAACCCAUUACUUAAAUAAAAUUUAUUGUGAUCUCAUUGUAAUACUUCUGCUUGAAGAUCAAAUUAUUUUGUAAUUUUCGAUUA